CGAGCUACCGCUGCAAGAAACAAUGGUUUUUCGUAAAAGCGUAUCCUCCGUUCUUCGCUGUAUGGAUGGACGAAAAAAGACAUAGAUGCCAGCUCUUUUGUGGCUACCCAUGUGGAGCAAACAGAACCGAGCCAGAUAAUAGCCGCCAAGUCCCCGGCGGACAAUGGGACUUUUGAAGGCGCUUCUCGGACUGCUGUGGUUCCGCUCCGCUCUGAUCUAUGCAGCUGGCUGCAGUGAGCGAGUAGAGGUCCACACCGAGCGGAGGGGGGUCAUUUACAGUCCGUCAUGGCCUUUAAACUACCCCUCUGGAGUCAAUUGCAGCUGGCACAUCCAGGGAGGUCAGGGCGAGGUCAUCACCAUCAGUUUUCGUAACUUUGACCUGGCUGAGUCUGAGCGGUGUUCAGGUGACUGGCUGGCACUGACUCCAACAUGGGAAGGAGAAUCAAGGCUUUGUGGUGCUGUGCUGCCUCCACCAUUCAUCUCCACCAGGGGGCGUGUUUGGGUCUCCUUUCACUCUCAGGCAAACAGCUCAGGGCAAUCCCAAGGCUUCCGGCUCUCCUAUAUCAGAGGUCGCCUUGGCCAGAGCAGCUGCCAGUCGGAUGAGUUCCUGUGUGGGAAUGGGAAGUGUCUUCCUCGGUCGUGGAGGUGUAAUGGUCAGGAUGAAUGUGGAGAUGCUACAGAUGAGCGCAGCUGCACCCCUCCUCCUACACAAUCCCAGUUUGGACUUUGCCCUUUUAACUCUGUUCCAUGCACUCAAGCCCAGUCCACACGCUGCCUACCAGCAUCUGUGCGCUGCAAUGGUUUUCCAAACUGCCCGGAUGGCACAGAUGAGCGGGGCUGUCCUGACACUACAUGUGGUAAACGUCUGGGGAACUUCUAUGGCACUUUUGCCUCUCCAGACUUUUUUCGUCCCAACAGAAGCACAGCGGCAGAGCUGAGGUGCUCGUGGCUCUUGGACACUCAGGACCCCAAACCCAUAGUGCUGCAGCUGGAUCUGCAGCUGGGCCCAGGGGACUCCCUGCAUGUGUACGACGGGCUGUUACAGCGCGCAGAGCACCUCCUGCAGGUGCUGUCCUAUCACAACAACAGACGGCCCGCUCUGUUGGAGUCCAGCCGUGGACAGAUGAGUGUCAUGUACCUGGCACAGCCACACAGCCCUGGACACGGGUUCAACGCAACGUACCAGGUCAAAGGCUAUUGCUUCCCAGGGGAACGCCCCUGUGGUAGUGAUCAGGGUUGCUACUCAGAGCGUCAGCGCUGUGAUGGCUACUGGCACUGCCCAUCAGGACGUGACGAAGAAGGCUGCCCCAUCUGCCCUGCGGGGGAGUUUCCCUGUGAGGGCAACAGCGGGGUGUGUUACCCAGCCACUGAACGGUGCAACAACCAGAAGCGCUGUCCAGAUGGCUCAGAUGAAAAGAACUGCUAUGAGUGCCAACCAGGAAACUUCCACUGUGGAACAAACCUGUGCAUCUUUGAGACGUGGCGCUGUGAUGGUCAGGAGGACUGCUUAGACGGCAGUGACGAGAGGGACUGCAUGGCUGCUGUGCCCAGAAAAGUGAUCACAGCGGCCCUCAUCGGGAGCCUGGUCUGCAGCCUCCUGCUUGUCAUUGCUCUGGGCUGUGCGCUCAAGCUGCACUCACUUAGGAACAGAGAGUACAGGUCAUUUGAAACUCAGAUGACACGAAUGGAGGCAGAGUUUGUUCAGAGAGAGGCUCCUCCCUCUUAUGGGCAGCUGAUUGCUCAAGGCCUCAUCCCUCCAGUUGAUGAUUUUCCAGUGUAUAAUCCCUCUCAGGCAUCUGUGCUGCAGAAUCUGCGGUUAGCUAUGCGGCGGCAGAUGAGACGCCACUCCUCGCGCCGCUCGUCUUCUUCCACAUCCCGGCGGCGUCUGGGACACCUGUGGACUCGUAUCAGAGGCCACGCCCCUCUGCUGGACUCCCCUGGACCCCCCCAGAUAACACUAGGGCUGCACAGCUAUAGGACUGCAUCUGACCCCCGUGUCCCAACUGGAUUUGGUGAUGAGACGGCUGUGAUGUCACACUCCUGUUGCCAUGACGACCUCAACCUCCAGCCCUGUAUGUCUGAAAGCCCACUGUCGUCUCUGUCCCCACAGUCCCAGACAGUGGACAGUCCAGGCGAGGAAGUGUUCAGAAGCAGGGGUACACAUUCUGAGCCCCCCACCCCGGGAUAUAGUGAGCCCUCAGCCCUCUGUGGCCCUGUCCUCACCCCACAGGAACCUACCGCACCCCCACACCCGCGGGUCUCCAGAAAACUUGUGCUGGAGCUGGCAGUGAAUCUUAAAGGAGUGGCAGUCAGGCGCUACUCCCCCCUGGGACCCCUGUCUCCACUGUCACCUGUGGUUUUCCCUAGUGGCUCUCGAACUCCCACAGCCCAGCCAGAGUCCGAUCCCUCACAGGGCAGCCCCUCGGACUCAGACUUAACCCCAGAAGUGCCAAACAGAGGAAUGAAACCAUGCAAAAAAAGAGGAGACAGGAGCCGUGCUGCCAGAGCAGGAUUCUCCUGAGAGAGGCCACUGUCCUAUUUCUGGACCAUCCUCUUUUUAAUAUGAUGCAGUAUGUGUUCUGCUGCACUGACCUUGUACUGUCUACUAGACUAGACAGCAGAGCAGUUCCUCAGCCAUCCACAAGGAGGCACACUAGUGACAUAAAGCUGGAUCCAGGCAACAUAAACGUUCAUAUUUUAGUAAAAUGAAUGAUGAGAUAAUCUUGAAAUACAACCAGCAUUUAUGGUUCUCAUAGCUUAAAUCACAACAGCUAAAAUGUCCAACUCAUUUCUCACAAUGGCUUUGUGACAUUUCCCAGAGCCAGUGUGCACCGCUUUAACUGUGAGCCAUAAAACCCUGUGCACUGCAGAUCAGUGAUUGACUUGCCCUUAUCCAACAUCUUUUAGUUCAGUAAUUUAUUAUGAAUUCUUGUCAGUCCAUAUCUUUUGAAAAGGAAAACAUUGAAACUUAGGGACAUCACCAUUGCUGUGGAUUUUUAUAUGUCUCGACUGAUUCAAAGACCUCUAUUUUUGUGAGUACUUGCUGAAAUGAUGUGAUCCCACUUCCCUCUUUCUGCCUUUGCCAAUCAAGCUUUACUGGAUCGCUUGAUGCUUUUUUUAUACAACUCACCCAUCCAAGAUACUGCUGCUGUUUUCCUUUUUCCAUGCCAUUGUGGGAUGAAGAAUGUACCAGUCUGUUUGAUUUGAAGACAUUUAACAGAACACUGCAGCCUGUCAGCCUCAUAUCACCUGCCAGUGUCCUGCUGCCCUGUUGCCUCGAUCUUUAUUUAAAAGCUAAAUGUGCCAUGCAUUCUUUUAUCAGCUGCUACACGUGCCAUUAGAAAUAUGUAUUCAUGAUUCUAUUGUAGCCAUAGAAUUAGGUCCUUUCUUCCUUUAUCAUUUUGCAGCUGCUUAUUAUCUUUGUACAGAUUAUGCCUUAAUGUCUUGCGUUUUUGCUGUAAAAGUCGACAGGUGCAUUUAUUGCAGUGCACUUGUUAAAAUUCCUAAAUGACUUUGUUUGCAUAUUUGCUCAGACUAAAACGAAGUCCGCCGCUGUAUCAAGAAUCUCUGGGAUUGUUAUGAUAAGAAAGUAUGUGUUUAAAACAAAAAAAAGUCUAAUAGUCCACACUGUUUGUUCAGGUGUUGACCGUGAAAAUGCCAUAAGCUGUUUUGGUUGAAGUGCUCUUUGUUACUCAUCAGUUGGAACAAGGUUAGCACUUCUCAUUUCACUGUAGCCACACCACUGGAAUCACUGUUGAUCCAGUUCUAUCUGGUUACACAAUACUUUGAUCUAACAACUCACCAUUAAAUGUAAUAUUUUCAUAAGGCCCCCAAAAUCAUUUUAGAUAGCAAAAUACAAAGCUAUACAUUUAACUCCGUAAUCAAAGCAUUAAAUAUAUAGGUAAAUCAAAAUAUUUGACAAAUAUCAGCAAUUUCCAUAGUUCAGAUUCAUGUGAACAAAAUCAAAACUAAAUGUAAACAAUUUCAUAAAAACAACAGAAAAUGGUUAAUGGAAAAUUGGUAAAAUCAUUAUCUGUGUCUAGCCUACUAAAUUACUGAUAUAGCCUACAUGUUAAACAGUUAUAAUUUAUUGAAUUGCAUCUCAUACUAAAUUCAUUUUAAAUCAAAAAGUAAGUUUGUAAGUUUGAGCUGUUGUAUAUUUUGUGAUGCCAUCAUGACAUUAACUCACUGUGCAGCCUUCAGUUUCAUGUGCUGUAUUUUGUGCUUUGA